CAUAUUUCCCAUCUUUAUAUAUAAAUGAUCAUCAUCGAUCACUAUAGUAGUGUCCUACUUUGAGUAACUAUGGACAAGGUGGUCGGAUCGCCCAUAAUGUUCAUAAUGGUAACAACUACCAUAUUGGCUUAUUAUCCCUCCACUUGCCGGGCCAUAAUUUGCAAUUCUAACCAGCAAGACCACCUCUAUCCGGUGGUUCUGGUUCCUGGAGCCGGAGGAAACCAGCUCGAAGCGCGCUUAACUGCGGAGUACAAAUCAACGAGUUUGUUGUGCAACAAGUUUUACCCGAUUAAAAAGGAUAAGGGGGGGUGGUUUAGGUUAUGGUUUGAAGUUGGUGUGUUGUUGGCACCAUUUACACAAUGUUUUGCCGAUCGUAUGACGCUUUAUUAUGAUAAAGAUUUAGAUGAUUACAAAAAUGCUCCUGGAAUUGAGACUAGAGUGUCUCAAUUUGGUUCUACUCAAUCUCUUCUCUACCUUGAUCCUUCUCUCAAGUAUAUAACAAGUUACAUGGAACCAUUAGUAGAGUCACUCCAAAACAUCGGCUACAAAGAUGGCCAAACUCUAUACGGAGCUCCGUACGAUUUCCGUUAUGGCUUAGCAUCUGAGGGAUAUCCUUCAUACGUUGGCACAACGUUCCUCGAAAACCUAAAGCAGUUAAUCGAAAAUGCAAGUAAUACAAACGGUGGAAGCCCCGUAAUUCUCAUCUCCCACAGCCUUGGAGGCUUAUUCGUCCUCCAGCUCCUCAACCGUAACCCACCCUCAUGGCGUCAGAAAUACAUAAAACAUUUUAUCGCUUUAUCCGCUCCAUGGGGUGGGACAGUUGAUGAGCUGUUAACUUUUGCAUCUGGGAACGCGCUAGGGGUUCCCUUAGUGAACCCGUUGCUUGUUAGAAACGAGCAACGGAGUUCUGAGAGUAAUUUAUGGCUCAUGCCACGACGAAAACAAUUUCCUAAAGCGAAACCACUAGUCGUCACACCAAAUUCGACUUACUCUUCUUUUGACAUUUCAAGAUUUCUUGAAAAUAUUGGAUUUAAAGAAGGGGUGCACCCUUAUGAGACUCGAAUCUUACCUUUGGUAGAGAAUUUGGCCGCACCAGGAGUUCCUAUAACUUGCAUUGUAGGAAAUGGGGUUGAUACCCCGGAAACUUUGUACUAUGGGGAAGACGGGUUCGACAAGCAACCCAAGAUUUUGUACGGGGAUGGGGACGGGACGGUCAAUAUGGUGAGCUUGUUGGCAUUAGAAGAUGAAUGGAGAGACGAAAAAGAUCAGGAGCUUAAAGUGAUUAAACUAGCUGGGAUUUCUCAUACGGAUAUACUUAAAGAUAAUAAAUCACUUGCUGAAAUAAUUGAUGAAAUUACUUGUAUCAAUUCGGGCAUUUCUAGGUCAUCACUUGUUUCGAAUUUGUGAAAAAAACUAUAAAAAGAUGAGAUAGUAUUCUUCAGACCAAA